CUCUGUUCCUCAUGGGCGCGUCGACUGGACGCUCUGUUUUUACGUCAUUUCCGGAGCACCUGCCUCGGCAGAAAAUCGCUUUGGGGGGGAUUCACUUAGUGUGGGCGGCCGGAGAACCCUGUGAUUCAACUGUUUUCUUCCUGCCACCUUUCUGGCCCGAUACCAUGGGAGUGACUUGUGUGUCCCAGAUGCCUGUGGCUGAGGGCAAGAGUGUCCAGCAGACUGUGGAGCUCCUCACCCGGAAAUUGGAGAUGCUUGGGGCAGAGAAGCAAGGAACGUUUUGUGUGGAUUGUGAGACCUACCACACAGCUGCCUCCACUCUUGGCAGCCAAGGUUCUCACGGGGACCAGCAUUGACAUCACCCAGAGAGCCCAUGGACAGAUAGCUGGGCCCCUCCCAGACUUUUCCACUCAGUAGGUAUGGCCUGGGGCAGAGAAUCCGCGUUCAACAAGUGCCCAGGUGGUGGUGGUGCUGCUGCUGCUGGUCCAGAACCCUAUAAGCUUCAUUUUCCUUGUCUGUAAAAAGGGGACAGUAACGCUGGUUCUGCUUGCUUCACAGAGCAGGUUUUUACCACAUGCUGUCUUGCCUGCCGUUCUUCUCCCUUCCUCUUUGGAAAAGACUGUUAGUGAGGAAACUCCCCUCCCCACACCCCCAAGAUGGCUGAGGUCAGGCCGGGAAGCUGAUGUACGUGAUGCACAACUCAGAGUACCCUUUGAGCUGCUUUGCCCUCUUCGAGAACGGCCCGUGGCUUAUUGCUGACACCAACUUUGAUGUGCUCAUGGUGAAGCUCAAGGGCUUUUUCCAGAGUGCCAAGGCCAGCAAGAUUGAGACCCGGGGUACCCGUUACCAGUACUGUGACUUCCUUGUGAAGGUGGGCACAGUCACCAUGGGGCCCAGCGCCCGAGGCAUCUCCGUAGAGGUGGAGUAUGGCCCCUGUGUGGUAGCUAGCGACUGCUGGAGCCUGCUGCUUGAGUUCCUACAGAGUUUUCUAGGCAGCCACACACCAGGGGCUCCCUCAGUGUUUGGGAACAGACACGAUGCCGUCUAUGGCCCGGCAGAUACCAUGAUCCAAUACAUGGAACUCUUCAAUAAGAUCCGCAAGCAGCAGCAGGUGCCGGUGGCUGGGAUUCGUUAGUGACUGGCAGCUGCCCGGCUGAGCUCUGUCACCAGGGGGACUGCACAGGAAGAGCAGGUGCUGCACCCUGAGGCCCCUGGACCCCAGAAACCAGGGGCAGACCACGGAGGCUUCUCUCCCUCUUUCCAGCUGUGACUUUUGUUCUGGGGAUCUGGACUCCCCUCCCCUGACCCUCACACACAGCCCCCCAGCAGCUGCUUCACCCUACGCCUUACUGGACUUGGCCUGUUCUCAAGAAUGAUAAUUAUGAAGAGUGGAGAAGUGUGGAGAUUUCCUGCUUUAGGGAAAAAAGGUAGGACAGGGCUGUCCCUGCCUAGUGUUGGUGGGAAAGCAGUCUGUAUUUCCAGCUAUUGAGGAUUUGGCCUAGGUCCGCAGUGGUUGGGCUGGGCUGGGCUAUAAUAAAAGCCUCUUCCUCUACCCCAGGGAUGCAGUUGGGCCUCUCCUGGAGAAGGAGUAGGAGGCAUAACUUGGUGUGAUGGCUAUCAUUUCCUGACCUGUUUGCUUAAGUGAACUGUGAGAUGACUUUUCUAGGCUGUUGCCAGAGUCCUUUGGAGUCUCCCUCUGGCAUCUUUCCAUUCUUUUGUGAAUGAGGUUAAGCCACAGGCUAAGCUGCUGUAACAAAGAGAACCUAAAGUACAGUGGCUCCUGGUAGAAGUUCAUUCUUCUCUGUUCUAACAGUACAAAUGUAAUCAGAUGGUCUGGGGCAGAUUUAACUGUACAAGGUCACCAGGACCUCGGUUUCCUUCUGUCUUGUUCAGCCAACCCUGGGGUGUUGACCUUGCCCUCAAGGUCAAAGCAGACUCAUCAGCUCCUUGUCUACAAUACAUUGGGGAAAGAGAGAGCAAAGCAGUUUCUUUUUAAAGAAUAUGACCUGGAGUCACUCAAAUCAGUGUGACUGUACUUUGCUGAAAGGGAUGCUGGGACAUAGAGCCUCUUACUUAGGUGGCCAUGUGUCCAGUUAAAACUCAAGGGCUUCUGUGACUAAAAGACGGAGAAAAUGGAUGUGGGGGCCCAGUCAGAGGCCUCUGCUACAUGGAGCUCAAUGGAUGUGCCCAGGAGGGCCCUUGGUUGUUAUUUUGCAGAGUACACCCCUGGAGCGAAGCCAUUUGUUUGUGAAUUGCAUUGGAAUAGGGCAGGUGUCAGAGCCCCUUAUGAGUUUCACUGGCUUAAUCACACUGGGCAGUCAGUUCCGCACCCCUUGCCUAAGGUUUCACGGCUUCCUGAGCUCUUUGUCCUCAUCUCAUUUGAGCCUCUAAGCUGCUCCUUGGACUUAUAUCACCUGCUCACCCAGCUCCAGCUGCAGAAAUGUUCCGUCGGGCUAACAUUGAUAUGUACAGGCAGGGAUGGUCUGAGGAAAGAUGUUAAUGUACUUUAUUACAGAGCUGUCCUCAAGGAUACCAUCCCUUACUGAAGGUACCUCAGAGAAAUUAGUUUCAGAUCCAACGCCUCUGCAACAGGAAUCAGGAGGCAGUCCUGUUUCCUUUGUAGCUUUGGCUGGCUGGAAGCUCAGUUUAACUCUGUAACUGCAGGAAUCUGCCAGCUACAUUUUUUGUUCUCCUUUGCCCCUGGCUUUUUUGUUUGGUUCUUUAUUUUGUUUUUGCUUUUUUAAAUUGAGGUGUGUUUUAGAUGUCAUUUACAGACAAUAAAAUGCGUAGAUCAUA